CUGGUUUGUUCCUAGAAGACGAAGAAGACGAAAACGAAGAAGAAAGUCCAAACAGCAGCGGCAGUUGCAUUGGAUCACUUUUUAGCUCAUAUUUUGUGUCGCGACUUUAAGAACAAGAGUUAGGUGACUAAAGAGAUUAAAAAUGACCCAGUCUGUCAUAGUUCAAGUCGGACAGUGUGGAAACCAGAUUGGGUGUCGCUUUUGGGAUCUUGCUUUGCGAGAGCACGCCCAUUUCAACAAAAAGGGAUUCUAUGACGAUACCACCGGCACCUUUUUCCACAAUCCGAAUGGAGACUCAUGUGGUGAUAAUGGGAGAAUCCAACAGCUGAAGGCAAGAGCGGUGCUGCUGGACAUGGAGGAGGGUGUGAUCAGCGAGAUCCUGAAGGGGCCUUUGGGAGAGAUUUUCGACAGCACUCAGCUCCUCACAGGUGUGUCGGGUGCGGGCAACAACUGGGCAGUUGGACACAUGACGUACGGUUCGAGCUCCAGGGACAAGAUUGUGGAUCAGCUGAGGAAGGCAGCAGAGCAGUGCCACUGUCUGCAAUCUUUUUUUCUUAUCCACUCGAUGGGAGGAGGUACCGGUUCAGGGCUAGGGACCAAAGUGUUGCGUCUUCUCGAGGAUGAAUUCCCUGAGAGAACCAGGCACUGGUCGAGAUGUUAAAGAUGGAAUAUACGUGCCAUGGUGGACAACACACGAAAGGCAACAAAGUCUCAGCAAUGGAUAGGCUGACUGGGCCAGAGAAGCCUUUCGAUGCUAUGAAUGAUAUUGUUGCUAACAUGUUACUCAACCUUACUAGUUCUGCACGUUUUGAGGGUUCCCUCAACAUGGAUCUAAAUGAAAUUGCCAUGAACCUG